CGAUCAGACGAAGAAGUAGAGAUGAGCAAACGGUUACGGUUCGCGAAGCUAAGGCUUGGCAAGCCGAUCGAACCGGGCGAGCCGGCACCGGUGGCGGUUCCAGCUGAGGCAAAUGUUUGCGUGGAUAGUACGGCGAAUGGUAAAACAUCGAAAUAUUUUGCCAAGCCAGGGACGGAUGUAUGUGCCGAAGAGGACACGUUCAUAGUGAUACACUCUGAAGAAUCGGGAGAGGAGAAUGAAGUCAGUCCGGAGCAAAGCUCACGCAGAAGAACACAAAACCCGCCCGAAGCGUGCCCGAACGAUGGUCCCAAGCUGCCAAAGCUGCGAAAGAAAACGACCGAAGGAAAUGCAUUGAUUAGUAACUUCUUGGCCUCACAGCCAAGUCAGAAAGCGGAAGGAGACGAUGAUUUUGAAGAGGCAAAAGUUGGAUCACCGAAAUUGCAGCCGAAGAAAACGAAAGUACAACGAGCCGUCGCCAAGAAGCCGGCCAAGGCUCCGAGGAGGCCCAAGAAUCAGGCCGACAUUAGGAAGGUGUUUAAAAAGUACCAAAACGACCAUGAGGUACUGCAAAAGCUGCUCAAGGAACACAGCGCUGCUGAGCGAAUCGAUCCGGAGCAGUUGCAAAUAGCGCUAGCUAUGUCACGAUCGCUGGCUGAUCAGGAGUGUAGCAUCCAUCCAACGACGAGUGCAUCAUUUGACGGCGAAGAAGAUCAAAUGGCAAGCUCAUCGGGAACGUCCGAAGAGCGGCGUAUCGUGAGCAUUCGCACGACUUUGGAGCAAUUCGGGUUUCGGUGCAAAAACAGUUACACUGACUACGAUUUGAACGUGAUCUUCGGCAGUGGCAGUGUGACUAAGAACGUGAAAAAGAUCAAGCAUAAACGAGCGACCAAUCUGCAGCCCAGGAGCAGGGAAGAGCUUGCAGCCUUUAUCGAUGGGCAGGCGAAGAAACUAUUCCCCUUGGAAAUGAUGCAAAACGCUGUGGAACUAGCUACUCCGCUGGAUUUGGAGUCAUGCUUGACCAGUUUAUUUUGGAUCGCCCAGACCGAGCUUCCGAGCGAGCAGCUAAUGGAAAUGUACUAUGUACCGGAGCUAUUGGAGGUGAAUCCUGCUCCGGUGGGGUGUAUGCUAAAGGAUUGGAGCAAAAUCCCGGGCCGUGAGUGUACACCGGAACGAGAACUUGAUGGAUUGGCACGGCUUGGAGAAGCUGUGGAAGUGGAACGAGGGAAUGAAGGUUUGACCGGAGACGCCGAUGCGGUAGGAGAAACCAGCGCUCGCAUGAGCUCUCCCGAUUUGUUUGAUGAUUCUGAGAUCGAUAACAAUUUGUCGGAACACAAAGAGAAUCAAUUAGCUUCGGAAGAGUCUACAGAUAAAGCUGAAUGUGAAAAUGAAGCAAACAAUGAACAACAAGAGGAGCAAUCUCGAGGAUCACUAAACGAAACAGGAAAAGCUCUCGAUGAUCAUGAAGAAUCACGUGCUUUUGAGAAAGCAUCAGCCUCCGACAAUGUGGAAGUUGUGGAAGAAAAUUGUAUAGAAGCCCCUAAAGGCAACAAUAAUGAGCAGGCCAUGGAAAACGUAGCUUCCACAUCGUGUGUUGCAGACCGUAGUGUGACAGAGCAGGAAGAGGUCAUUGUUCUGGACGAUAAUUCGGAAGAGGAGGAAGAUAAGUUUGUUACUGCACCGGAAAUGUCCGAAUGUCCACAGCCGGUCUUUCAUCAAAGCUCGGAAAACAUAUUCGAAGAUACCGACCCGAACCCGAUGGUCAGCUUCGAAGCGUAUUCGAGUGAAGAAGAGAAGAUUUCUGCAGCCUCGCGAACAGCAGUGGGAACGGUUUCAGCAAACGGUGACAUUGGACCGGUAGACCAAGUGCCCAACGCGGUGGUGCGAGAGGACGAUGGAAAGUGCAAUACACUCAACCGGGAAGGCGACUGCCAUGAAAGUGAGCAGAAAAGGGAAGUUAUUAGUUCUGUAAACAAAGCAGUGGAAAACAACAUAAGCCCGCCCGCAAAGGAGCCGAGAUUCUUGGCGGAAAAGGAUCUAUCGUUCACUCGACUGGCUAUAAAAGCACGCCUAAGCGAGGUGAGCUCGGUGGAAACAGUAGAACUGUUAGAUAGUGCUCCGAGCAAUGGAAAUCCGACACCAAAUCUGGAAGCAUUAGACAUGGAAAGUGUGGUUGGGACACAAUGUAGCCAACAGAACGAUACGCAGGACGAUGUACUGUACAUUUCCGACGAUGAGGUGAAUUACUCUAUCCGUGGGGAACCGUCACGGGUACGUGAAACGGAAUCGGAACAUGAAGAAGCAGAAGGAUCUGAUCCAGAGGAAGAUCCAGAUAUGACGGUUGCAUAUACUGUUCCUGGGCCCACUGAACAAUGUGAAAAUAGGGAAAGUCAUUUGUCUUUGAAUUCUAACCGGCCGCCCUGUUUGGAAAUGGAGCCAGAAAUUUUGACCAUUUCAUCAACCGAAAACGACAGUGAACCUAUCGUGGGGGAAGUGAUUGGUGCCGAAAAUACAUUCGCUUAUUUAGGCAAUCUGGUGAAAGAGUUCAACUUACCUCCGCUAAAAUCGCAGCAAAACGGAAGCGCGCUUGAAGCCUCAAAGUCCACAUCAAGUAUCUGUUCAAUUCAAUCCAACGGCAAAGAGUCUGAUGAUGGAAGCCAGCAUUUACCCAUUGAAAUAGAUGAUGAUAAUGACGAAAAAGAGCGUCAGAGUGGAACAAAUCGUGUAGUGCAGCAGGAUGUAUCGGUCAUUAGAAACAACGUACCUGAAAUAUCCGAUGAGCUAGAGAACUAUCUGAACAACUACGAGGAACCCAACUUUGACGAUCAUGAAAUAGAGGCCGAAAUGAUCGCAUCCCAGUGCCCUCGGGUUGAGAGUGUCCCCGAAGUACGAAUGCCAUCUGCCAAAGCAUUGAGCCGAGUCAGGUCCUGCACUCAGUUUGAUUCCCCGAGGGUUGCUUCGCCCUUGAGACGAACUCCUUCGGAAGCGGUCCUUCUGUCCUCUUCAACUCCAAAAGAAAAGACGGCUCUCGAACAACAACAACAACAACCAUGCGGCGGAGACAGAUUCGAAAGCAAAUUCAGCGACUUGAAAAAGGCUGUGAUAGACGUGGGCCCGGUAGAGUAUGUUAUUAGUACGGUGAAUGUUAGUCAGCAGCCGCCAGAAUAUGAGAGUAUGUCAACGCCCGAAAUCGAACGGGAACUGUUCAAGUACGGCUUGAAAUCACUGCAACGACAUAAAGCCGUUCGAGUCCUGAAUUAUUUGUUCGAAACGAUGCAUCCAUACGUGGUGAUAGAAGAAAAGAAAGAGAACGCAAUCGUACAACUAGGCGAGCUGGAAAGUAUUCCAACCGCCUCGCAAGGUGUCAGAAAGAAAUGUAAGCCAAUUGCACCUGCAGGCAGUUCAACUGUGCUGAAACGUCCUCGUAAAUGCGCCUUCAAACUGGAUACUACCACCACGGACUAUUUUCUUCCCUCGAAACCACGGAAAAAGAUGGCCUGGUGUGCGGUUCCGCUUCAUAUAUCUUUCUUCAAUCUAGUGUCGGAAAGUGAGGUCUUACAGCGGCAGAUACUACGAUAUGAACCGAUCAAUCUAGAUGACAUUUACGCGAUACUGAAGGAUGGUGGUUUACGCUACGAAACAAAUGAUCUGAUCGCCUUUCUCGACAAAUACUGCAUCACCUUUCGAACGGCAGCUUCUAGUGGCGAUCGUACGGCAAAAGUGAAACCGAAGCCUGACAGCAAAUAAAGAAAUUCGACGUGGAAGAAAGCGUCAUACAAACAGGUGA